GGACAGGAUACCGUUAAUUAUCCGGAUUCUAUUGACCCCGUUUCAGAACGGUUUCGUAAUGCCGACGACGACGAUCAAGUCCACUACUGCGUCCCAUGCCAUUGCUUAUCACAAAUUGGAGAUCCAGCACUCAAAGGAAGACGUCGCCGAGCUCAAACGUCUCAUCGAGACCGCCACCGUGACCUUGGACGAACGACGGCAACGCUACGAGGCUCUCACUGCUGAGGCCGCCCAUCGCCGUGCCAAGAUGGCCCAGCUCGUGCAAGACGAGCUAGCCGUGCGCAAGCAGCAGGACGAGGCCAUCAAGAGUCGCUUUAAACUGCAGCGCCGACUGUCUGACGUGGGAGGCCACGAGAACGCCCUCAAGAUGCUCAUUGCGACGCUAGCUGCAACCAAGAACGACGUGCAGAACGUGCGCCAGUCCAAAGCAACGUUGUCGGCCGCACACAAGGACAUGGAGAAGGAGAUCGCGUCGUUGACGGCGGCCGUGCAAAAAGCCAAGGCAACCAUCGAGACUUUGAAUCGCGACCGCCAAGCUCUUGAAGCCAAGAAACUUGACGUCGACGGCAAACUGGCCAAAAUUGCCGCGUUCCUCACGUCCCCAUAGUCAUGUACGACUAGAAUAUAUAUAUAAAAUACCAUGCAAUUCGUAUAUAUAUUAUAUAUAUACCACCCCUGUACAGUACACUAACUAGUACAUAUGUACUAGCAGUUAUUAGUAUCCACCAACUGUCAGCACCAAACCAACAAUAUAUGCUCUAAAUUUCUUUAACAGCUUCUACCACCUUUUGCCAGCAUAAUUGUUGGCCUUGGUCGCAUUGUUUCCCCCUUGGUUGCCGGGGGGGUUCUUUCGGCUGCUUUGGGUGCCUCGGACGUUCGAGUUGGUUGCGUUCGAGUUGUUGAGCUGGUUUUUCGAGUUAUUGUCGUACUUGCGGCUGUCGUUGCGGCGCUGGUACGAGCUAUCGUGGUGGGGGUCCUUGGGGUUGUUCGUGUGAGCCGAGCGCAGGUCCAUCAUACGCUCAUUGUUUUCCACAAUCGUGCCAAUCUUGUCGCUAUACUGGAGCGCCAGCUGCUGCAGCCGCGUGCGCUCGACCUUGUGCAGCACAAUCGUCUGGGAGCCUUGGUCCCACGCGCCUUGCAGUUCUUCGUUGAUCAUCAUCUUGGACACGACCGAGUGCACCGUCUUCGACUCGAGCUCAAACAUGGCGCACAGCUGCGCCAAGUCGAGCGAAUCGUACUCCUCCGAGAACGCCAUCAAGUACGACCGCAGCGACUCGACUUGGAUCUUGUGCUGCACCAGCGCCUUGACCUUGUCGGACGUGCCCGUGCCCGGCAGCAGAUCCCACACCGGCAGCCCGCAGAUGAGGGCGACGCUGCGCUGCCACUGGCCCUGGGACAAGUACUUGGCGGCUGCGACGAUGUGAUCGCGCGUGUUCUCGGGGGGACCGGCAAACACGAGUCGGUCGUGGAACUCGAGCAGCUUGCGGAACGCCUUCGAGAUGACGCGGCGGCGGUCCUGCGUGCGGGACAGCACCAUGUUGGGCACUUCGAGCAGCAUGGCGGACGUCAAGUGCGCCACUUCCAGCAGCUCGAGGUUGAUGUGCAUGUGGUACGGCACUUGGCGGCGCUUUUCGAGGCGCUCUUCGUCCGCGUUACGCUCCUGGUGGCGGAACGACGCCAUCCCCUGCGCCAGCAGUUCCUUGGUCUUGGAACCCGUGCAAAUCUCACUCAAACACGCGUGCGCUUCCCACGUGAGCCCGAGGCGAAACGCGCACAGCCCCAGC